AUGAAGGAAGAUGAACCCUUUGAAAUAGUUCUGGAAGAUCGACAACCGGAUGCAGCAUGGAAAAGGAUUCAAAAGAACACUUUCACACGAUGGGUAAAUCAGAAGUUGGAACGGGUGAAUGUCAAAGUUACUGAUUUGGAAACGGACUUUGAAGAAGGUUUGAAAUUAAUUCGUUUGGUAGAGGUACUGUCUGGAAAAUCUGUUGGUCGAUACAGUAAAAAGGUUACUUUUCGCCACCAGAAAUUGGAAAAUAUAUCGCUCGCGCUGAAAUUCCUGGAAAAUGAGGAACAUAUUAAAAUUGUUAAUAUCGACAGUUCGGCAAUAGCAGAUCGCAAUUUAAAACUCAUUUUGGGCCUAGUUUGGACACUGAUUUUACAUUAUUCAAUCUCAAAACAAAUCUGGGAUGAUCACGAAGGAGAUGCAGCACAAGAUGAAGAUGUAUCACCGAAAGCAAAACUUAUGACUUGGCUAAAGGGAAAAUUACCAUCCGGACUUCCUUUUACGAAUUUUACAUCCGAUUGGAAUGAUGGAAUUCUACUUGGUGCUUUGGUUGAUUCUUGUGCACCCGAUUUAGGAAUCGACUGGCGUAAUUGGUUACCAUCGCAAGCUUUACAUUCAACUCGUAGAGCAAUGCAUCUUGCUAAAGAUUAUCUUAGCAUUGAACCUCUUAUUGCGCCAGAAGAAUUGAUCAGUCCAGCUGUUGACGAAAAGAGUGUGAUGACAUAUCUUUCUCAAUUUCCGGGAGCCAAAUAUACAGCAACAGUGGGUCGAUUUCGUGAUCUUGAUGUGAUGCCAACUGUUGGAGUUGACACACAAUUUCGUCUUCAGAUGAAUAGUUCAGCAAUGAUUUCGGAAGUAAACAUUAGAGGGCCGACAGGAUCAUCCGUGCCGUACAAUCUGUAUCGGAUUUCAGAAUCUGUUUAUAAUUUGAUUUAUCAGCCAAAAGUUCCUGGUGAACAUGAGAUUAUGGCAGUAAUUCGUGACGGGAUAUCGGGUAAUUUCAUUCAACUAGCAAGUCCUAAAAUAGUAGCAAUAGAGGGAGCGCAUUUGGUGUGUAACAGAAGCAUACAGCUUGGCAUGUCAUUUAAGUUUAGGAUAGAAAAUCCAGCGAACGAGCCGGUUGAGGUUUUGGUGCUUCCUCCAAAUGAUAAAGAAUUCGAAAUACCAGUGAUGCCUGAUGGUAAGGCUUUCAAAGGUCAGUUCACACCAGAACGAGAAGGUUUAUACGAAAUGAACGUUUUCCAAAACGGAAGUCGUAUUGCUGGUUGUCCAUUUUCAUUCACAGUAACCCCUCCAGCAAAAAUGAAUAUUUGGGGUAGAGGCCUUGAACCAUGUGGUAUUCAAAGUGGUGAAGAAGUAAUCGUUUAUGUGGAUUACAGUGAUAGUUUGUCGGGACCACCGCGUAUGCGAGUUCGUGGACUAUCUGGGAAGGAAAUAUCAGUGAGUGAAACGGUGGAUGGAAAUUUGAAUUUGAAAAUUUUUAAAUAUCAACCACAUGAAGUUGGACUUUAUGAAGUUAGCAUAUUAUUGGGUGAAAGACACGUCGGUAAAAGCCCAUAUAAGGUAAUGGUAUCACCAAUAAGCAAUUCAAAAGUACGCGCGUUUGGACCGGGGUUAGAGAGUGGUGUUGCAAAUUUACCAUGCAUCUUUCUUAUUGAAACAAAUGGUGGUCGUUGUGAGCAGAUCAACGUUACUGUAACUGGGAGGACAUUAUCAAGAAAUCGUUUCGAAAAACCGGAUAUAGAAUUAGUAGACAAUAGGGAUGGAUCAGCUCUUGCUCGAUUCACUCCUGCCUCAGCUGGAAUUUACACGGUGAAGGUUUACUAUGCUGAUGGACAUAUCAAGGGUUCACCAUUCAUUGUACAAGUACAACCAGCCAACAAUAAUCUAAAAGUUACCGAUAUGAGAUUAUGUGGUAUUACACGAGACUUAAAUAUUCUACAAGGCCAAGAUUUGACAUUUGGGAUCGAAAUGCCCGAUGCGAGAUUGCGUCUUAAACCAUUAGUAAGAGCAGUAAACGAAAAUUACGAAGAAGUACCAAUACAAAUGAUGGAAAUUAUACCUGGAAAGUAUGAAUGUCGUUUUGCUCCAAAUGCUCUCGGUCGAUAUUAUUUCCUUCUAUCAGUUGGAGGUGUUGCAAUUCCAGGAUCACCAUUUGUGGUAACAGUUCGAAAAAUGAUUGAUAUGAGUAAAAUUCGAAUUUAUGGUCCUGGUAUAGGACCAGAGAUUUAUGCCAAUCAAUUAGUAAGCUUUACUAUUGAUUCGAGAAAUGUUGCCGAUGUGAAAAAAAUCCUUUCACGAUUAUAUCAUCAAAAUGGAACAGUGGUGAAUGUUAAAGUGGUCGACAAUGGAAAUGAAACACUUACAGCGACUUAUACUGCUCUUGAACCUGGUCCUUAUGAGCUGGCGUUAUAUUAUGAGAGUAUGGAAUUAAUGAAAAUGGACAUUAAUGUUAAACAGUUUGAUAUUUCAUCGAUUGCAAUAAGUGGUUUAGAUAAUAAUGAGAUUGUUACAAUUGGACAUCGGCAGAAUAUUGUUAUUAAUACAGGUGAUUUGACACCAAUAAAAAAUGGUCUCGAAGUUAUUGUAGAAGAAGCUAACGGAUCGAAAUAUAUGAUUCCUCUUGAACAUGUUCAUAAUUCAACCAUUUUCAGAGGCGUUUGGAUGGCUAAAAAUGCUGGCGAGACAAAAUUUGCUGUUUUCUUCGAUGAAAAUUUAGUUUACGAAUCGCAGAUCAUUGUUCGACGAAUUCAAGACGCAGCGAUGUGCCGAGCUACUGGUGAUGGACUUAGACGUGCAAUAGUUGGUGUACCAGCAGUAUUUCAGGUGGAUAUGAAGGAUGCUGGAGGAGGCAGAAUGAAAAUGGCUAUCAAAGGACCAUCAGAAUCGAAAACGAACAUCACUGAUCAUUCCGACGGCUUAUGCACGGUGGAAUAUAUUGCACAGACUCCUGGAACAUACGAAAUUAGCAUUUAUUUUGGCGAUAAUGAAGAAGAAAUUCCAGAUUCACCAUUUACGGUAACGGCUGAUUAUGCAUGUGAUCCGUCGAAAGUCCUAAUAACCGGAUGUAAGAAUGGUCAUGUACGUUCCGGUGUGUCAGCGUCAUUCUUGAUUGAUGCAACACGUACUGCUUUGAAACCUAUCAGUGCAAAACUUCCUGCUGGUCUCCCACAACCAUUCAUUGAAGAAAUUAAACCUCGAAUAUAUCGAGUAACAUUCACACCGAAAGCCAAAUCAACUCGAAUAUUGCCGAUGGAAAUUUUUUACGGUGGUCAACUUCUUCAUGGAAGGCCAUUGGAUUUUACUGUUGAACAAGACGAACCGGAUUUGGUAGUGCUGAAAAAUGAUCCCGGUACUCUACCACGUAAAGUACGAGCGUCUUUUCGAUAUCAUGUUUUCAUUGAUGGGAUCAUAGCUGAAAAUGUUGACAAACUAAAAGUUCAAGUAAAAGAUCCGGAUAAUAGAUUUCGAGAACCAGCGGUUGUCGAAGUAGUCGAUAGAGGGAUAUAUCUUUUGGAAUUUCUUCCGGAUAUGGCUGGUACAUAUAGCAUUACCGUAUAUAGUGAUGGUGAACCGUUGCAUUCGAAGCCGUAUGAGUUGACUGCUGUUCCAGUUGGUUCCGCAAACAAGUGUUAUUUAGAUUUAAAACCGCCUCACAAUUUAUGGACUGUUGGAGCGCCAAAAUCAUUCAUAAUAAAUGCGAUUUCUGGAGGAGAAGGUGCAUUAAAUGUUAUCGCAGAUGCAGAUGAUUUAGAAAUAGACAUUGAGGAACAAACUAAUGGUUGUUAUAUAGUAACAUUUAUUCCGCAUCAUGAAGGACUACAUCGACUUGUAUUUUUGUUUGGCGGUAUUGAAAUACCUGACGGAACAUACGAUUUUGAGUGCGGACCAGUUAUUUCUAGUGAACCUGAAAUACCACUAUUGAGAUACGAGACAGACUCGGAGGAGCACUUUUACAACGCUGAGGAAGAGCACUUUUACAACGUUGAGAAACAUUUGGUGCCACUUGCCUUUCGUUUCUCAUUAACUUGUGACUAUCAUUUUGAUAAACUAAGUGCGUCAGUGAAAAUGCCAUCCGGUAAAAAAGAUGUUGCACAUAUUAAGGAUAACACUGACGGAAGUGUAACAGUGACAUAUCGACCGAAAUUGUGCGGCAAUCAUCUUCUGUCAGUGCAGCAUGAUGGAGUUAACAUGUCCGGAAGUCCAAUGUCAUUUUAUGUUAGCGACUCGGCUGACGGAUAUGUGACAGUAUAUGGUGCUGGGUUAACGCAUGCGGUAGUUGGUGAACCGGCACCAUUCACAGUUUGUGCAAAAGGUUCACCGGCUAAGGAAUUAUCAGUUGCGGUUGAAGGAACUGCAAAGGCAACAAUCAAAUGUCAUGAUAAUAAAGAUGGUACAUGCUCAGUGGCGUGGGUACCACCGGUUCCAGGUGAAUAUAAAGUGCAUAUCAAACUUGCUGGGAAACCACUAAAAGGUUCACCGUUUGCUGUUGUUGUGGCUGGUGAAGGUCAGAAACGUGCCCAUUUAUCGGUUGGAUCAACGUCGGAGGUGUCAUUGAAUGUUGCUCAUACGGAAAUCAAAGGGCUAUCAGCUUCAAUAAAAAGUCCAAGUGGUAUUGAAGAGCCAUGUUUCAUCCGUCAUCUCGAUUCUGCAACCAUUGGUGUUUCAUUUACUCCACGUGAGGAAGGCGAACAUUUAUUCACUGUUAAGAAAAAUGGUCAAAUCAUACCAAAGUCACCUUUUCGAGUUAAAGUUGAUAAGAGCCAAGUUGGAAAUGCGUCGAAAGUUAUUGUUGGUGGUAAUGGAAAGGCAAACGCUAUUUGUCAGCAGUACAACGAUUUGGUGGUUGAUACGCGUAAUGCAGGUUAUGGCGGUCUGUCUAUAUCUGUUGAGGGGCCAUCGAAAGCUGAACUGAAAUGUACUGAAGCAAAGGAAGGUUUAAUUAAUAUCGCCUACAAACCGACGGAACCGGGAAUUUACAUUUUAUCUAUAAAAUUUGCAGAUGUACAUGUGAAAGAUAGUCCAUUCACUGUUAAUUGUACUGGUAAGGGAUUAGGCUCUGUGAAGAAAACUGCGAAAAAGGAGGUGAAUCAGGCGCCAAUAGUAUUGCCCAAGCAGGAUGCUGCCUUAUAUCUAAAAUUGGAGAAUACCUCUCCAAUGGAAACAAAAGCGAAAGUUAUGGAUCCUAACGGAAAAAGCUACGAUAUUGAAGUGCGCGAUAUUGGUGAUAGCCUUUAUCAAAUUAGCUUCAAGCCUGAAAUGGAUGGUUCUCAUGCUGUUUCUGUAUUCCAUAAAGGACAGCAUGUUUUAGGAAGCCCGUUCCAAUAUACUGUUGGACAUAUCACAGAAGUAGGAGCACAUAAAGUGCGUGCAGCAGGAGUUGGAAUACUACGAGGAGAAACGAACAUGAAGCAAUCAUUUAAUGUUUAUACCAGAGAAGCUGGACGAGGAGAACUUGGAGUUACCAUAGAAGGACCAUCGGAAGCGGAAUUGCAAUUUCAUGAGCAUAAGGAUGGAAAUUGCCAUUUUAAUUACAAAGUUAGCAAGCCUGGCGAAUAUCUGAUAGGUAUCAAAUUUAACAAUGAACAUAUAACGGACUCACCAUUUAAAGUGUUUGUGGCUCCCGCAACGGGAGAAGCUCGUCGGCUUGAAUUAGCAUCAUUCCCAGAUUCUGGAUUGCCGAAUAAAGCAUGCACUUUCACUGUACUUACGCAUCGUGCAGCGGGUCAUCUCGAAGCGAAAGUUCAUACACCUAGUAAUAAGAUUGAAACAAUUGAUAUUGUUCCAAUCGACGAAGGCGAAUCGUAUGCUUUACGAUUCAUUCCAACAGAGACAGGAAACUAUUAUGUUGAUGUGACGCUUGAUGGUGCACCGAUGCGUGAAUCACCGUUUCGUUUACGUGUCGGUGCAAGUGAGGAGAGUGAUCCAACAGCAAUAACAGUAAGCGGUGACGGUAUACACGGUGGACAAACUGGCCAGAAGUGUGAAUUUAUUAUUAAUACUUGCAAUGCUGGGAGUGGACUUCUGCAGGUUCAAAUUGAUGGACCAUCGAAAGUCACUUUGGACGCAUAUGAGCUGGAAAUGGGUUAUAAGGUACGAUAUAUGGCACUAGCGCCUGGAGCAUAUUUUGUGGACAUCAAAUAUGCAGGUGUUCAUAUUCCUGGCUCACCAUUCAAAAUGAUGAUGACUGGUAAGGAACUUGGUGGUGGUGGUGAGCCAGAUACUUCGCUUAUUAAGAUUGAUGCACUAGCAAAGACAAGUAAGGGAACGGUUUCACAGGUUCCGGUAUUGAAGGGAGAUGCGAGUAAGGUUACCGUGAAAGGUAGCGGUUUGAAUAAAUUUUUCCCAGGUCGACCAGCUGCGUUCAACAUCGAUACUGCUCUUGCAGGUGAAAAUCUUCUCUUUGUUGGUGUGCUUACAUCAAAAGGACCGUGUGAAGAGGUUACAGUACGACAUCUGGGCAGUGGUCGAUAUGCAGUUACCUAUCGUAUUCAAGAAAGGGUCAAAGGAUUUAUUUUUGUAAAAUAUGGUGAAACCAAUAUACCGGGAUCACCAUUUGCUGUUUCAUUCUAA